AUGGCCUCCGCCUCCGGGCGUUCCCCAACGGUGGGACCCUCUCUCAAUCUGCGAGGAUCCUCGCCUGUGCCAGACCGCCCGCUAUCGCUAUCGAGGCUAUCAUCCCAAGAUAGGCUCAAUGGUAUUCUCGAGACUGCUAGAGAGCGUGCCGAUACCAUUUGUUCGCAGACGUCGGGACAAAGUGCGAGGAUGAGCUUUCAGUGUGUACCAGAGCGAGACGACGAUGGCGCACCUGACGAAACUACGAGUAUUGCGACUGCGCGCGGCAAUGCGACGAACUACCAGAGCACGCGAAUGUCACCCAAUCCGAGAAAUAGACGUCCCGUACAGCAAUCCGAACUCGACUGGCCGGUAACAAAUGGUACAAACGGAACAAACGGCACGAACGGCGCAUCUCCCCAUACGGACGAGAAGAAGAAUUGGUUAAAACAUUGUUUUAGCGGCAUGUGGUCGGUAGAGUUGGAGAAUAAAGGAAGCGUGGCUAGGGACCAUUUGGCUUUGGAACGGACAUUUCUUGCCUGGCUUCGGACAUCACUUUCAUUCGCGUCUAUCGGAAUAGCCAUCACCCAACUAUUCCGUCUAAACGCGUCGAUAGAGCCAGAUGACCCCCAUUUUCAGACGAUUCGCCAUAUAGGAAAGCCGCUCGGUGCGACCUUCAUAGGUAUAUCCAUAUUAAUCUUAUUGCUGGGAUAUCGUAGAUACUACCAAGGCCAGCAAUGGGUGAUCAAAGGGAAAUUCCCUGCCUCGAGGGGGACAAUAAUAAUUGUCUCGUUGGUCGCGUGUGCGCUUAUAGUUGUUAGCUUGUUUGUGGUUCUAUUUACGCAAUCUACGGGUGUGGGAUCUAGCUAA